AUGGUGGAACCUUCCUCCGUGGUGCCGUCGGAGAAAGCAGCAACGGGGGCAACGAUAGCGUUAAGAACAGCGGUGAUGGAGCAAGGGCUCGUCGUCGGACUGGAUAAUGACAUCGGCCGGAGCAAGGGCUCGACGACGGACGACGUAACGACGUCAGCCCGGCAGAGCAGGGGCUCGUCGCCGGACUGGAUAAUAACAUCGGCCGGAGCAAGGGCUCGACGACGGACGAUCCCGGCAGAGCAGGGGCUCGUCGCCGGACUGGAUAAUGACAUCGGCCGGAGCAAGGGCUCGACGACGGACGAUGUAACGACGUCAGCCCGGCAGAGCAGGGGCUCGUCGCCGGACUGGAUAAUGACAUCGGCCGGAGCAAGGGCUCUACGACGGACGAUGGGUGGUCGUACCUAUCCCGAAGGCUUGCAGCAGACCAACUUCUCUCAAUCCUUCCUGUCUAGGUUUGGUUUUCACGGACAGGGCUCGAACGAACUCUCCCCAAAUCGCCGAUCCGAAAAUACUCUCCUCAAAUCGCUGAUUUUUCACAAUUGCUGGCUCUGCUCUUGCGGUGCUCGUUUUCCGAAGGUUCGGCAUCCAUGGAUUUCGCGGCGUUGCAGAUCGGCAUCUGGAUUUGAGGUCGGUAACGGCGGCUCUGUCCGAUUUCGGCGUUUGGGUUGCCAGCCCGGCACCUGUGAUUUGUCGGGCGGGCUUCGGUGUAGUGAUGGUGAUUUCGAGGCUCGCCUGGUGGCGAGGGAGUCAGGUCGGCCAUGGUGGCUGCGGGGACGAUCUCGAUUGGAUUGUGCAGGUCGGCGAUUGGUUGAGGCCGGACUCGGCGGCGAGGUUUGCACGGCAGUUUCGGGGCCGGGCCGAUCCGGCGACUGUGAGGUCGGAUCCGCGAUGGUGGUGCCGACCGGAUGGUGGUGGCGGUCGACGUUCGAGUUGAGGGUGGCGUUCGCGGAGUCAGCGACUUUUCAAAUCGGCAUCUGGGUUUGUCCGGAGUUGGGCUGUCGGGUCACGCGGCUAGCUCGAUGUUUGAGGGCGUCGCUUCCCAAUAGCGGCGGCGAGUCGCAUCAUGCGGUCCAGCGUCACGGCUGUGGUGAGGUAAGAAAUCAACCGCGCGGCUGUGGUGCGAGUUCGGCAUUCGACGAGGUAGCGAGCUCUGCGUCCGACGGCGUAGCGAUUUCGGUGUCCGACGAGGUAGCGAGAUCGGUGUCCGACGAGGUGGCGAGUUCGACCGCCGGCGGUGUUAUUCGGGCGGCGUCGGCGGCCGUGGUGUGGAGUCGACCGGAAGAGACGAGGUCGGGUCCGUCUUCUCGACUCGGCGGUAGUGAAGUUUGGAUAGACAAGCUCGGCGUCGGCCGGUUUGAUGUUCGAAUUGUGGCCGUGUCACCUCGGGGUCUGACGGGUAUAACUUUGGGGGGGCCGAGCAGACAUGAGGCUGGGUCACGUUGCUCGGCUGUUGGACGGAGACGAGCCCUCCACAAGUUCAAGAAAACGAUAACCGAAGAUCCGUCCCGCCUCCUCCACACGUGGUCCUACACCACCGACUGCUGCACCAAAUGGAAGGGAGUCUCGUGCGAUCCCAUAACGGGCCGGGUCGUUAGCCUCACCCGUACGGGCUACACCUCGGACGAUGAUGACUCACCCGACACGCCUACCAUGUCCGGAAAACUCUCCCCUUCCCUCGGCAACCUCACUUCCCUCCAACUCCUCGACCUCAGCAACCUCCAAUUCCUAAGUGGGCCCAUACCGACCGAGCUCGGCGGCCUGGCCAACUUGACCAAAAUCUUUCUCAACAACAACAACCUAACGGGCCCAAUCUCAUCCGACCUUUUUAUUAGCAUGACUUUGCUGAGGAUAAUGGACCUCUCGUUGAACGCAAUUUCCGGUCCAAUACCUCCAUCGGUCGGGAAAUUGGCCUCGCUCGCCAUCAUCGACCUCCACGGGAACAACUUCUUGGGAGGCGUGCCCGAAUCCAUAAGCGGGCUCGGGAAUCUGAAGUACGUCGAUUUUUCCGGCAACCGGUUGACCGGAAAAAUCCCGGAGUCCAUUGGCGGACUUAGCUCGCUCAAGAUGCUGUACCUCCACGGCAACGGAUUAACCGGAAAAAUCCCUUUCUCCGUCGGCCGGCUCAGAUCACUGCAGUAUCUCCGUUUGUCGGAAAAUUAUUUGACAGGGGAGAUACCCCGGUCGAUUGGGAACCUGACGGGGCUCAAAAUGCUGUCUUUCGAAAGCAAUCAUCUCAGUGGAAAACUACCUCAAACACUAGGCCAACUCAUUACGCUACAAGGCAUUUAUUUCUCUAACAAUCAAUUCACAGGAAGAAUUCCUUCCAGUUUGGGAAAUCUGACGAAUAUACAGGAGCUGGAUUUAUCAAGAAACCAACUUUCAGGCCCGAUCCCAAUUCAAUUCUUUAAAUUAAAGCAACUACAAUUUCUUGACCUGUCUUUCAAUCCUCUACGGCUGAUUAAAUUACCCGAUUUGCUUAAAAAUCUAAGCCUUUCUCAACUGUUGCUCGCGAGCACAGGGCUCGAGGGGGAACUGCCCAACAGCCUGUCUUCGUUUUCUUCUCUAUCGGUUCUUGAUUUGUCGAGUAAUUCCCUUAAAGGGACACUACCUUCAUGGAUUGGAAACCUGACAAAGCUUUCCUUUCUAAAUUUGUCCAACAAUAGUUUCAACUCCUCUGUUCCAGUCGAAUUCAAGAACCUCGUCCGCAUAGCCGACCUCGAUCUCCACUCGAACAACCUCUCGGGAAAUUUAAACGCGUUUUUCGAAAAACCAAUCUCUUUCCCUUUCGGAUUAUACAACUCGAUCGACCUUUCUAACAACAUGUUUAGUGGGGCCGUCGACAACGACAUCGGAAACAAGCCCGCCAUGGAAUUCGUAGAUACUUUGAUUUUGUCCAAUAACCCUUUGGGCGGGAAAAUACCCGAAACGCUCGGCAAGUUGCUUUAUUUGACGAGGCUCGAGAUGGAGAAAAACGAGCUCGUCGGUGAAAUACCGAAAUCGCUCGGGAAUCCAUAUAGGCUCAACACUAUUCUUUUGUCGGGGAACGGAUUGAGUGGCGGGAUUCCUAUGGAGGUUUUGAACAACAAGUUCCUCAAGAGAUUCAAUGUCUCGGACAAUCGUUUGAGCGGGGAAAUACCGGCUCAUAAUGUGUCUAUUCCGGCCUCGGGUUUCGAGGGGAAUGCCGGUUUGUGUGGGGAACCGCUUCCUCCGUGUAACAAGUAUUGUAGAAUAGAACCUUGCCACGGUACAGACCCUGGUUCAACUCUCAGUGUGUUGAGCCCGGGGACGGGCCAAGGGGCGGCGGCCCAAUUGGAGAGGCUGUUGUUGGAUGGGAAUUCUUUGUACGGGCCGAUACCGGGUGGGUUUCUGGGCUUGAAAGCGGGCUCGGUAACGGUCCGCCUGGGGACAACUGCCUUUACCGGUGUCCGGUGA